UAUCUGUCGUGCCCCCUACUACACGCAGCAACGCCAACAAAUACACGGACUGUACGCACGAUCAUAUCGCUAUUGACGCAUCCGGUCGCGUAUGACGUCUCGAUCAGAAGGACUACAUCGCGUUCCUCGACCUAGUCCAGGCGGCGCAAGCGGAGACCUCUAUGAUCGCAGACUUUCACGUCGCCCAUACCGUGACGUGCCAGCCUUCGGUCUACCUCGUUCUUCCCACUGAAGGUACGGGUGCGGAGUUUCAGGGCUCUCCCAAAGUCCCUGCCCUCCGCACAGUCGGUGUGAGUGCAUACAGCAAGCACUAUCGCAGACUCAAAGCUGGGCAGCUCGGGGAGAAAGGGAACAGACAGGUACAAAAUACGCACAAGGAACUGCCGCCAGCGCUAUACGAGGUACUGGGUCUGGCGCAGGAGGGGAUAGAGGGGUCCAGGGACUCGGAUACGAAUGUGGCAGCUGUACUUGCGGUGAAAGAUGCGCUGCCUCGGAGUCUGCUUUGCAGCAUGUACUUACCACCUGACCACGCUAGCCCUUAGAGUUUUAGUUCGACAGCCGUUUACUGCCUCCCUUUUCCAUUG